AUGGAAAGAGACUCUCGUGAAGCACGCUAUCCAGUCCGUACUGUCCUCUGUGUGUUGAUAUCAUGCAUUGGAUCAUUCAGUAUGGGAUGGACUAUUGGUUCACCCAACUUACCCGCAGAAGCAACACACAGCUGUGCCAACGGUGAUGCACAUAAAAGCAACCCAAAUUUUCCAGAUUGCUUACCAAUGAAUUCAUCCAUGUGGGGAAUUGUCGUUUCUAUUUUCUGUAUCGGUGCUUUGAUUGCAAGCUUUCUUGCAGAGCCCGCAAUGACACGGUUAGGACGCAAGGCCACAAUCGCCAUAUCCAAUGCCGGCUGGAUUGUCGGAGCGAUUGUGAUGGGUCUGGCCACGUCGCCUGUUGUAUUUGGGUUCGGACGGUUUUGCGUUGGAUUAUCCUGUGGAAUGGGAUCCGUCGCUACUCCAACAUACAACGGCGAGGUCUCGACAAUAUUAUUUCGUGGUGCAAUGGGUGUAUGCAAUCAGCUCAUGAUUGUCUGUGGCAUCCUUGCAUCAAAUGCCGUAGGAAUUUUCCUAUCAAAUGUGCCCCUCUGGCGCGUGAACUACAGUCUUGUGGCCGUUCCAGCUCUUCUUCAAAUUUUACUCGUGCCGCUCCUUGUCGAAUCACCACGAUACCUUGUAUCUAUAAACAAAGAUGAAGAAGCUAGACGAGCACUACAGAAACUACGUGGAUCACAGUACAAUGUCGAGUUUGAACUCGAGGACAUCAUUCAAGGCCAGCGUCAAGCAACAGCAGUUGAUACCACUACCAUUAGCUCCAGCACCACAAACCAUGAAAAAGGAGACGUCGUACACGUAGCCACGACUACUGCAAAUGCUGCUGUCGUGAAAGAGUCCCAAAAGAGCGACGAAUGUAGCUUUAGUGAUCUUUUGCGCGAUCCACACCUGCGUUAUGUCACAUUGACCAUCAUGAUCCUGCAUAUGGCGCAGCAGUUCUCUGGUGUGAACGGUGUCAUGUACUACUCGACCAUCAUUUUCCGCCAAUCGUUCGGGGCAGACCAAGCACGGCAGUUGGCGUUCGCUGGUUCAGCUGUCAAUUUGGUUAUUACACUGUUAUCAGUCUUUCUGGUUGAACGUUGUGGCCGUCGAUUCUUGCUCCUGCUUGCUCAAAGUGUCGGUGCUCUAAGCGCUGCUUUGUUAGUGAUAAGCGGUCACUACAAUAUACCAGCUUUGACGAGCACUGCGGUCAUGGUGUUUAUCUCGGCCUUUGCUAUUGGAUUGGGACCCAUUCCCUGGCUACUGACAUCCGAACUAACGCCGACCCGCGCAACAUCCAGGGUAACGGCCAUAGCAACUGCUGCAAAUUGGUUAUCGAACUUUGGCGUUGCUCUCAUGUUUCCGACAAUGCUAAAUAGGAUUCAGUCAUAUGCAUUCCUGAUCUUUGCGGCAUCACUUACCUUGUCGACUAUCUUUACGUUCCGUUAUGUGCCAGAGACCAAGGGGCGUCCAAUUGAAGAGAUUACUAACGAUAUCACCGCGCGUGUUCUACGUAACAGAAAGGUCAUUAAUGAAACUGAAUUCCAUCAUGACGGUCGAUAG